AUGGCCCUACAUGCUGAGAAUGGAGUCGACGGCUCUAGUGGUGGCAUUCUCGACUUCGCCACCUUCUCAAAUGUAAUCGAUGGGAAGCUGUCAUCGACCAGCAAAACUCGCCAUGGAAUCAACCCUGCCACCGAUAAGCCAAACCCAGAGGUGCCUGUUUCCACACCGGAAGACGUCGAUCGAGCUGUUGCGGCAGCAAAGAAGGCGUCCAAGGCGUGGGGAAAAACCAGCUACGCCGAUAGACGAAAGGCAGUGCUAGCCUUCGCGGACGCGCUGGAGAAGGAGAAAGAAGGGUUUGCACACAUGUUGACCAAGGAGCAAGGCAAACCGAUUGGUUUCGCCCAUUUCGAAAUGGACUUUGCACUGUCCAUCAUCCGAACGAUGGCCGGUCUCGAGUUACCUACAGAAGAGAUUGUUGAUGAGGAGAGCCGCAAGAUCAUCGUGAGGUACACACCACUAGGAACCACGGUCGGCAUCGUCCCGUGGAAUUACCCUGUCCUCCUGUGCGUUUCGAAGAUCGCUCCAUGCGUUGUCACGGGUAAUCCGAUCAUCAUCAAACCCUCACCCUUCACACCGUACAGUGGACUCAAAGUUGUGGAGCUGGCGCAGCAAUAUUUCCCACCGGGUGUAGUACAAGCGCUGAGUGGUGAUGACAGCCUUGGUCCUUGGUUGACUGCGCACCCUGGACCUGCAAAAAUUAGCUUUACUGGGUCUAGUGCUACCGGUAAGAAGGUAAUGGAGAGUGCAAGCAAGACGUUGAAGCGUGUCACAUUGGAGCUGGGAGGAAAUGAUCCCGCCGUAGUGUGUGACGACGUGGACAUCAAGGAGGUAGCACCCAAGAUUGCUACCCUUGCCUUUUUGAAUUCCGGACAGAUAUGUCUCGCACUCAAACGUAUCUUUGUCCACGAGAAGAUCUUCGAUGAAUUCCGCGAUGCGAUGGUGGAACACACCAAGACGCUCAAGCUCGGUGAGGGCAAUGAAGAGGGUGUGUUCCUCGGACCCAUUCAGAACUCGAUGCAAUAUGAACGAGUCAAGGGCUUCUUCAGUGACAUCGAGAAAGAGAAAUGGAACGUGGCAAUUGGUGGCAAGAACCCCGAUGGCCCAGGCUAUUUCAUUACCCCUACGAUCAUUGACCGACCAAAGGACGAUUCUCGACUGGUCGUUGAAGAGCCCUUCGGCCCCAUUGUCCCAUUACUGAGUUUCAGUACCGAUGAGGAAGCUGUCACUAAAGCUAACAACACGAUCUACGGCCUCGGUGCCUCGGUGUGGUCAGCUGAUCUUGACCGAGCCACCAAGAUCGCAGAGCAGCUUGAAGCUGGGAAUGUCUGGGUCAAUACGCACUUUGAACUGGACCCGAGAGCACCUUUUGGCGGUCACAAAGAGAGUGGGAUUGGGACUGAGUUCGGCGUAGGUGGAUUGAAGUCCUAUUGCAACAGCCAAACUCUGUACCUCAAAAAGUGA